AUGUUAGACUGCAUCGUCAGUUCCUCUUUGGGUGGUGAUGACAGUCAAUCCAUAUUUCAGGGUCUGGUCGAUGAAUACUUCGAGUUGAAGGCGGAAGAGUUGGAAAACUGGGAGCGACAGCUGAAACGUUUGCAUGGUGCACUCACUUCCUUGGUGACUACCGAUCAAGAUUUAUCCAAUGCCAAAUUCCUAGUUUCUCGUUCAAUCGCCCAAUUGGCUAAUGUAGAGGAACACACGGGACUGGCUCAAGCCUUAAGCAGGUUAGCCGAAACAGAAGAGGAAGUCAGUCACAAGCAUGCCAUACAAUCGGAAGCUGAACUGGUUCGUCUGGUCGAGUGUGCUCGGGAGACACUGGGACUCAUUCAAGGCUGUAAAGAUGUGCUGGAUGAGCGUGUAAAGGCGUUCCGUAAUUGGAAGGCCGCCGAAGCUGCGCUCCGUUCAAAGCGGGAACAAAAGGUCCGAUUUGAACUAGCUGGUAAAGGUGAUCAGCGUAAAAUGGCUAUGCUGGAUGCGGAAAUCGAGGAGCUCAGUAACCGCGUGGAUCAGGAAGAGGCGAGUUUUAAGAAAAUCUCCCGAACAAUCAAAGAAGAGUUCGAUCGUUUUGACGUAACUCGUUUUGCCGAUUUCAAACGAGCCUCAACAGAGUUCCUCGAAGUUAUGCUUCACACCCAAGUGAAGGUAAUUUGCUUGAACAUUCAAGGAUCUUCACAGAAUCUCAUUGAUGUUUUGUCUUUCAUUAGCCCGCUACACAGUUGCGGGUGUUCAAUUUCAUGA